AAGUCUUUCUUCUUCAACUCCAUUCAACUAAAGAGAUAAAUCCAACAAAAUAUCACUUGAAAAAAAAUACGAAGUAAGAGUUUAUCGCCGGCGAGUAUUUUCUCCGGUCUGGCGAGAUUGAGUAGGAGUUGAAGAAUGGGUGGAGGAUGGAGAGGAUCUGGAUCGGCAGCUAGUACAAGUAGAACGCCGAUACUUAAUCGUAUUUCAUCUUCUCGAAGUAUUCGUCUUGGUCAAGUGCAGCCUCAAGCACCAGGUCAUCGAACUGUUUUUCUGAAUGAUCGUGAUGCUAAUGCCCUUGCUAAAUUCAAGGGAAAUUCUGUUUCAACGACAAAGUAUGAUGUCCUAACGUUCCUGCCAAAGGGGUUAUUUGAACAGUUCAGGCGGGUGGCUAAUCUGUACUUCCUUAUGAUCUCAAUUUUGUCAUGCACACCAAUCAGUCCUGUAAGUCCAAUAACAAAUGUGCUUCCUUUGAGCAUGGUGCUUCUCGUUUCUCUUAUUAAGGAGGCUUGGGAGGACUGGAAACGUUUUCAGAAUGACAAGUCUAUUAAUAAUUCCUCCAUAGACAUGUUGCAAGACCAGAUUUGGGUAAAUGCAACUUGGAAGAAGCUGCAGGCUGGAGAUAUCGUGAGAGUUAAGCAGGAUGAGUUCUUUCCGGCAGAUCUUAUUUUUCUUGCCAGCACAAACCCAGAUGGGGUCUGCUACAUUGAGACGGCAAAUUUGGAUGGUGAAACUAAUUUAAAGAUCAGAAAGGCACUGGAGAAGACCUGGGAUUAUGUGUCUCCUGAGAAAAUAUCUACAUUCAGAGGUGAGUUACAAUGUGAGCAACCUAAUAACUCAUUGUACACAUUCACUGGCAAUCUGAUAAUUCAAAAGCAAACCUUACCACUUAGUCCAAACCAACUUCUUUUACGGGGUUGCAGUCUGAGAAACACUCAGUACAUUGUUGGGGCUGUCAUUUUCACUGGGCAUGAAACAAAGGUUAUGAUGAAUUCUAUGAAAAUUCCUUCCAAGAGAAGCACUUUGGAGAAGAAACUUGACAAACUUAUUAUCGCUCUUUUUAGCACUCUCUUGUGCAUGUGUCUCUUGGGAGCCAUAGGCAGCGGUAUCUUUAUAGAUAAGAAGUAUUAUUAUUUGCGCUUCGAAACUGGCAAAAAUGCAGAUCCACAGUCCGACCCGGACAAUAGAUUUGUGGUUGCAGUUUUGACCAUGUUCACCUUAAUCACUUUGUAUUCACCGAUUAUUCCAAUCUCUCUCUAUGUCUCCGUUGAGAUGAUUAAAUUUGUACAAUCCAAUAAAUUCAUCAAUAACGACUUGCACAUGUACCAUGCUGAGAGUAAUACCGCUGCUCAGGCAAGAACAUCUAAUUUGAAUGAGGAGCUUGGGCAGGUGGAAUACAUAUUCUCUGACAAAACUGGAACUCUUACGAGGAACUUGAUGGAGUUUUUCAAGUGUUCAAUCGGUGGAGAGAUAUAUGGUACAGGUGUUAGUGAAAUUGAGAUGGGAACUGCUCAGCGAAAUGGGCUGAAAGUUGAGGUUAAGAAAUCAUCAACAGAAGCACGAGAGAAAGGUUUCAAUUUUAAUGACGCUAGGCUGAUGCGAGGUGCCUGGAGGAAUGAACCUAAUCCUGAUUCAUGCAGGGAAUUUUUCAAAUGCCUUGCUAUAUGCCAUACUGUUCUUCCUGAAGGUGAAGAGACCCCAGAAAAAAUACGAUAUCAAGCAGCAUCCCCAGAUGAGUCUGCUUUGGUUGUAGCAGCAAAGAACUUUGGCUUCUUCUUUUACAAACGUACACCAACUAUGAUUUAUGUGCGUGAGUCACAUGUUGAAAAGAUGGGGAAGAUUCAAGAUGUUCCUUAUGAGAUUCUAAAUGUUCUUGAAUUCAACAGUACGAGAAAGCGCCAGUCUGUUGUAUGUCGCUAUCCUGAAGGCAGAUUGGUUCUCUACUGUAAGGGUGCAGAUAAUGUAAUUUAUGAGAGGUUGCGUGACGGAGACAAUGAUUUGAGGAAAAGAACUAGGGAACACUUGGAGCAAUUUGGGGCUGCUGGACUUCGGACACUUUGCUUGGCUUAUAGAGAUGUAACCCCCGAUGAGUAUGAAAAAUGGAAUGAGAAAUUCAUUCAAGCAAAAUCUUCUCUCCGGGACCGUGAGAAGAAAUUGGAUGAGGUGGCAGAACUGAUAGAAAAGGAACUUGUCUUGAUUGGAUCCACUGCCAUAGAAGAUAAGCUUCAAGAAGGUGUACCUGAGUGCAUAGAAACUCUUUCAAGGGCUGGAAUUAAGAUUUGGGUGCUUACUGGUGACAAAUUGGAAACAGCGAUAAAUAUAGCUUAUGCAUGCAAGUUAAUCAAUAACAGCAUGAAACAAUUUAUCAUUAGUUCUGAAACUGAUGCAAUCAGAGAAGUGGAAGAUAGAGGUGAUCUAGUGGAGCUUGCUCGUUUUAUGAAAGAAACAGUGCAGAAUGAGCUUAAAAGAUGUUAUGAGGAAGCGCAAGAGCAUCUUCAUUCUGUUUCUGGACCAAAAUUAGCACUAGUAAUUGAUGGGAAGUGUUUGAUGUAUGCACUAGACCCGAGUCUUCGUGUAAUGCUGUUGAAUUUAAGCUUAAAUUGCAGUGCAGUGGUUUGCUGUCGUGUUUCUCCUUUGCAGAAAGCACAGGUGACAAGCUUGGUUAAGAAGGGGGCAAACAGAAUAACUCUCAGCAUUGGUGAUGGAGCUAAUGAUGUAAGUAUGAUUCAAGCUGCUCAUGUUGGUGUUGGAAUAAGUGGACAGGAGGGAAUGCAAGCAGUGAUGGCUAGUGAUUUCGCAAUAGCUCAGUUCCGAUUUCUCGCUGAUUUACUGCUUGUCCAUGGACGCUGGUCAUAUCUGAGAAUAUGCAAGGUUGUCACAUAUUUUUAUUACAAGAAUCUUACAUUUACCCUGACUCAAUUUUGGUUUACCUUCCGGACUGGAUUCUCCGGUCAAAGGUUCUAUGAUGAUUGGUUCCAGUCUCUCUAUAAUGUGAUGUUCACAGCUCUUCCUGUUAUUGUUCUUGGGCUUUUUGAGAAGGAUGUCAGUGCUUCCCUCUCCAAGAAAUAUCCUGAGCUAUACAAGGAAGGAAUAAGAAAUACUUUCUUCAGAUGGAGAGUUGUGGUCAUCUGGGCUUUCUUUGCAGUAUAUCAAUCAUUGGUCUUGUAUUAUUUUGUAAUUGAUUCGAGUACAAAGGGCAUGAAUUCAUCAGGCAAGAUAUUUGGCCUGUGGGAUGUCAGUACAAUGGCUUUCACUUGUGUUGUUGUAACUGUCAAUUUGCGUCUGCUUAUGAUGUGCGACACAAUUACAAGAUGGCAUCACAUCACUGUUGGAGGGAGCAUAUUAUUGUGGUUCAUUUUUGUCUUUAUUUAUUCGGGUAUUUCCUUGCCAAAAGAACAGAAGAAUAUCUAUUUGGUCAUCUAUGCCUUGAUGAGCACAUUUUAUUUCUAUCUCUCUCUGCUCCUUGUACCUGUUGCUGCUCUUUUUGGUGACUUCAUUUAUCAGGGGGUUCAAAGAUGGUUUUUCCCUUAUGAUUAUCAGAUCGUUCAGGAAAUUCAUAGGCAUGAAAUUGACAGUAGGAUGGGGUUACUAGAGAUUGGAAAUGAUCUUACACCUGAAGAAGCAAGGAGUUACGCAAUUAGACAACUUCCCGGACAGAAAUCAAAACAUACUGGUUUUGCCUUUGAUUCACCUGGGUACGAGUCAUUUUUUGCAUCUCAGGCUGGUGUCUCGAUCCCCCAAAAGGCAUGGGAUGUAGCUCGGAGAGCAAGUAUGAAACCACAGUCAAAGCUACCUCGAGAAAACUAACUUCCAGAUAGUACAAAUUUUCCUCCCUGAACAUUAAUGUACUUUUUUGACCCAAGACAAUUUAGCUUAUAGUAGAAUUAGAUGUGUAAUAUCUUGUCAUCUAGUUUUAUUCUUUCACACACCUUACUCGCCCUUGUGAUUUUUUGGAAUAUAGUCACAAUUAGGUUUAGAGAGCUUGUAGUAAAAUCAGUUUAAGAAAAUAUGUACACUAUCUGGAAGUGGAAGUAACUGAAAUCUAUUUAUUGAUAGCUUGAAUAUUCCUAAGAAACAUGCUUAAUAUAUUACUCUUGUUGUAGUA